ACCCAGCAAUUGUCAAAGUGAACAGCAUGGCCAGCAGUGAAGGUCAACAAGCUGCAGCCAUAGAAGCUAUAAAUCGGCUUGAGGGAUAUACAUCGUCCACGCCAAACGAUAACACCCGUAGAAUCCUUCAAGCAUUUAUACAACACCUCCCGCCGGACGGAAAAGCAAACAUCGUUUCUCAAAUCAGCAAUUGUCGGAACGAUAUAGAACUUGUGAGCCUGGCGAAGACUUUGGUCGAGAAUCUUCUUAUUCCAUUAAAAGCCGCAAUUAUAUUACAAUCUAUCCCUUUGGAACUUUCACCCUUGGAUCGAGACGCAGGUCCAGAAAGAAAACCUUCCGAACUCGAUGAACCAGACUCAAGUCUCCAAAACGACCUCUUGCAGCUCAAACAAACAUGCCUAGUACGAGAUGGGUACAAGUGCGUCGUGACUGGGUAUUUUGAUCAUACCUACGCCAUGGACGAAGCGCCUCGGCAUCUCAGCAAUGCGGUCCCUACACAAGUGGCUCACAUAAUGCCGUUUGUAUUAGGCCACGUACCAGAGGAGCUGAAGCUCGAGCGUGCAAAGCUAUGGGAGGCACUGUAUACAUGCUUUCCACGUCUUGGAAGUAUACUCGAUCCAACAAAAAUCAACCACCCUAGCAACGCCCUAACGUUGAUUCCCGUUAUUCGUGAACAAUUCGGCGAAUUUAAUCUUGCCUUGGAAAGUACUGAGCGGCCAAACGUCUACUACAUCAAAACAUACCCCCACUUCCCACAGCCUUACAUUCGACUAUUCCUGCCUAGAAACCGACUUGUCACGCUCAGGACAGACACUGACAUCCCUCAACCAAGCAAAGAUCUCGUGGAAACGCACGCGGCGAUUGCCCAAAUUCUGUCUGCCUCUGGCAUGGGUGAGACCAUUGAUGAUCUUCUUGCCAAGUUAGACGACAUGACGACUCUGGCGCGGGAUGGCACUAGUCGGAUUGAAGACCUUCUUGCUGUUCAGCUUGCAAAGAACAUGGGACAAGUUGUGGGAUAGGCUUUGAUGUCUGACUCUGGACUGACUCUCUCUCUCUC